AUGACCGAUUCCGACGGAACCGCCGCCGCUCCCGCGGCCGUAGAUCCCAUCUCCGCCCCGCUGCCGAAGCAAGCGGAAGACAAGUUGAUGCUGCCGCCGGCAUCAUCACCAGGUCCAGCAGCCAGAAGCGGUAUUCUCAGCAUUUGGCCCCCUUCGCAGCGCACCCGCGACGCCGUCAUUUCUCGCCUAAUCGAGACCCUGUCCACUCCUUCCGUCCUCUCCAAGCGCUACGGAACGAUUACGACCAACGAGGCCGCCGAAGCUGCUCGCCGCAUCGAGGAGGAAGCCUUCGCCGCCUCCAGCAGCUCCACUACUUCCCCCGAGGACGACGGGCUCGAAAUCCUCCAGCAGUAUUCCAAGGAGAUCAGCAAGCGGAUGCUGGAAACCGUCAAGGCUCGGGCCAGGUCGGAUACCGCCUCGAAUAACGUUGCUCCGGCGACGACUUCUCCUGUUGAUGUGGCGCUUCCCGCUGAUUCAGCUGCCGAAGAAGCUCCUCCGGCUUCUGAUCAGGCUGCCGCUUGA